CUCGUGCUCCUGAGCUCCCUGCUGCCGUGGCGUCACUGGAAGUGGGAAGUGAGGUCCGGCCGUCCCUCCGGGCAAGUUUUCUUUGAUGAGCCGCUCUUUGUCGCGUCACAGUGGCGUUCGUUACGUACAUGUCGAGCUUCCGUUACUGAAAAAUUAACCCCAGCCGUUCGUCCGGGACCGGGUGUGGAACAGCGGAAGAGUGUUUCUUGCACGGAACCCAGCAUCUCAUCGUGUGUUGAAGUGGAUUCUUCUCCCUUGCUUAUUUUUAAGCUUCGAGUUCUAUGGCUGCUGCCUGCGUCUAGUUUCUUGCGCAAGAGCUCGCUCUCCCUUGCUGAUGAGGAGCACUUCAUACUGAGAAGCAUACCAAGUCCACAUUUCUUCCUCUGUCACUGCCUCGCUCAGUGCUGUGUUGUCCUUCUGGCUGGAGCAGGGAUAGCGGCGACGGAGCCCAGCAGGAGCGGCGGAGGCGGCAACACCAACACCGGCACCACAGGCCGCCGCCGUCGCGCCUCGAGCUGGCGAUGGCGCACGCGCGGGACGGCGGGGGCCACGAGGAGGGAGCGGAGGCGGCCGUCUGCCUGGACGGCGACUCCGAGGCCGGCGAAGCGCGCGGCGCGGGGCGCGUGCCGCCGUGGCGGGACCAGCUGACGGCGCGCGGGAUGGUGGCGAGCCUCGCCGUCGGCGCCAUGUACAGCGUGAUCGUCAUGAAGCUGGCCCUCACCACAGGGCUCGUCCCCACGCUCAACGUCUCCGCCGCGCUCAUCGCCUUCGUCAUCCUCCGCGGGUGGACGCAGGCGCUCGCCCGCUUUGGCGUCGCCACGCGCCCCUUCACCCGCCAGGAGUACACCGUCGUCCAGACCUGCGCCGUCGCUUGCUACAGCAUCGCCACUGGAGGUGGGUUUGGCUCCUUCUUGCUUGGGCUGAACAAGAGGACCUACGAGCUGGCCGGGGAGGAGACGGAAGGUAACGUGCCGGGAAGCUACAAGGAGCCCGGCAUUGGCUGGAUGACCGGCUUCCUCUUCGCCGUGAGCUUCGUCGGGAUUGUUGCGCUGAUACCUCUAAGGAAGAUCAUGGUAAUUGACUACAAAUUAACUUACCCAAGCGGUACUGCAACAGCUGUGCUUAUAAAUGGAUUCCACACAACUCAUGGAGAUGCAACAGCAAAGCAGCAAGUGAAUGGGUUCACAAAAUACUUUGCAAUCAGCUUCUUUUGGAGCUUCUUCCAGUGGUUUUACUCAGGUGGAGACAAUUGUGGGUUUUCACAGUUUCCCACUUUUGGACUUAGAGCUUGGAAACAAACCUUUUUCUUCGACUUCAGUCUAACAUAUGUUGGUGCUGGGAUGAUUUGCUCCCACCUUGUUAAUCUGUCUCUCCUUCUUGGUGCACUUCUCUCAUGGGGAAUAAUGUGGCCUCUGAUCAGUGAUUUGAAAGGGGAUUGGUAUCCUGCAGAUAUGAAAGAGAGCAGCAUGAGAAGCCUGCAAGGUUACAAGGCCUUCAUCUGCAUAGCGCUCAUCUUGGGAGACGGUCUAUACAAUUUUGUUAAGAUUGUUGCAUUCACUGUUAAGAGUCUGCUUGACAGAUCAAGACUGAAGAAUGCAAAGAAAGAGGAAGACAUGCCGGUUCUUGAUGAAAUUCAGCGCAAUGAGGUUUUUACAAAAGACAGUAUCCCCAAUUGGCUAGCCUACUCUGGAUAUCUUGCACUAUCAGUUGUUGCUGUGUUUGCCAUUCCCUUGAUGUUCCAUGAGAUGAAAUGGUACUAUGUUAUCAUAGCAUACUUAUUGGCUCCGGCAUUGGGUUUCUGCAAUGCCUAUGGUGCUGGCCUUACUGAUAUCAACAUGGCCUACAAUUAUGGAAAGGUUGCGCUCUUCAUUCUUGCGGCCUGGGCUGGGAAGGACUCUGGUGUUGUUGCUGGCCUAGUGGGCUGUGGUUUGGUGAAAUCACUGGUGUCAAUAUCCGCCGAUCUGAUGCAUGACUUCAAGACUGGACAUCUUACAUUAACAUCACCUAGAUCAAUGAUUAUUGCUCAGGCUAUUGGGACUGCCAUGGGCUGUGUCAUUGGACCGCUGACAUUUUUUCUAUUCUACAAGGCUUUUGACAUUGGAAACCCUGAUGGGUACUGGAAGGCACCAUAUGCUCUAGUCUACCGCAAUAUGGCAAUUCUUGGUGUCCAGGGCUUCUCUGCUCUGCCUAAACAUUGUUUGCACCUGUGCUAUGGAUUCUUCGGAUUUGCAGUGGCAGCCAAUCUGAUGAGGGACCUCUUGCCACCAAAGUAUGGCAAAUGGGUUCCUCUACCAAUGGCAAUGGGGGUUCCCUUCCUAGUUGGUGCGAGCUUUGCUAUCGACAUGUGUGUGGGAAGCUUGAUAGUCUUCAUCUGGCACAUGAUUGACAGAAGUAAAGCAUCUUUAAUGGUGCCAGCAGUUGCAUCUGGAUUGAUAUGUGGCGAUGGGCUUUGGAUCUUCCCAGAAUCCUUGCUUGCCUUGUUCAAGAUCAAUCCACCAUUGUGCAUGGCAUUCAGGCCUUCACACUAGACUAGACGAGUAACAAACAUGGUCGACAUCUGAGAAUACAUCCAUGCCCAAUCGGAGAACAUGUAUAUUGGCAUGCGAAGUUCGUCGGUAAUUGGUUGGGAUGUGAUACGUGCAGGUAGGUAAAUCUGCGGUACCUAUCUGGAUGAAACCUACAUAUAAUGGCCAGUAAAAUUUAGGGUUACCCUAAAAUUUCUCAUAUGCAAGAUGAUUCAUCACAUCAGAACAAUGAUUCGUUUGAGAAUUUCACCCCAAUGGUGAUGGAUGGAUGCAAGAGCUAGUAGUAGACAAAAUUUAGCACCAUAGAUUGAAAUACGUGUACCCCACUACCCAUAUAGUUUAAUAUGGAUCCACAAGUUGCAGUAUACAAAGCAACUUCCAAGGCCAGGCCAGCUGAUCCUAUUGCCAAUUUCCAGCUGCUUUUAGUAAAAGAAAAAUGCAGUCAGAUAUAUAUAAAAGUGGAUUCGGUGAGUUUCCAGAUGAUGCAUGA